CAUUUGUGUACAGUUAAUGCUGCUGGGGACUGUACUCGGGAUUUUUUUAUGGUGAAACGGUUGUUGAAUUUUAUUACGAAGUCAAGAUGGCUGCGCUCAUAGGACACGCCACUAAGGCAUGUAAUCGUGGAAUAUCUUCGUUACUACGUGUUGUCACUGUACAAGUCGAUGGUGUGAGGUACAAAAGACGUGAACCACCACUUCCACCAAGAAGCACCAUCAAGUGGAAGCUCGAGUGGGAUGAGGAAUCACUGGCUUCACGUGGGUUCCUGAGGUCCUUAAAGCCCUACAAACCGGCUCCAGAUGUAUCUCCAAGGCUGGACAACCUCUGCCAGAAUCAGGGAAUGCCAGCUGAUGACUCUGCCAGGAUUGACGGGCUCCUCCACAAAUACGAUUUGCUCGUGGCAUGCGAGAAGGAGUUUAGCUAUUCCAUUCCAAAUUCUAGACUCCACACUAUCGAAACUAUUGGUGAUGUAAGAAAUUUCUACAUGACACCGAUUGACACGUCCCUUCCCUUCGAUCAGGUCAGGAAAACCGAAUUACCAAAGAAUCUUCACAUUCAAUACGAGUACAACAGGUUUCAUCCAGCUACGGAUACCAAAUUUGAAGGAAAAACUGCUUUUCCGUGCAGUUCAACAAUUGUCACUGGCUUGAAAUACAAGAAGAAGUACAAGGGCCAUAGCCAGAAGAAUCCGUUUGGAGAUGACUAUAAGUAGAAUGUUUUACGAUAUUUUUUUGUAAUUAAUAAACUGCUGGAAUUGGAGUCAA